GGGGCAGCGCAACAUUCAAACCCUUGCAGCUACAAAACAGAGCACAGAAGAAGAAGAACAGAAAUCCGUAUGGGUGUGUGACGCCAGCUCUUCCUCGUUACCUCCAUCUUUCGCCCCAGCGCGCGCCCGUGUGGACGUUUGAACAGGUGAGAGAAUGAAUCAAGAAAAACUGGCAAAACUUCAAGCCCAGGUCCGGAUAGGGGGAAAGGGAUCUGCACGCAGGAAGAAGAAGGUGGUACACAGAACUGCAACAGCUGAUGACAAGAAGCUACAGAGUUCACUUAAGAAAUUGGCUGUCAACAAUAUCGCUGGAAUUGAGGAGGUGAACAUGAUCAAGGACGACGGCACCGUGAUCCACUUCAACAACCCCAAAGUUCAGGCCUCCCUGUCCGCCAACACCUUCGCCAUCACGGGCCACGCCGAGAACAAGCAGCUGACGGAGAUGCUUCCCGGCAUCCUCAGUCAGCUGGGAGCGGACAGCCUCAGCAGCCUGCGCAAACUAGCGGAACAGUUCCCUCGGCAAGCUCUUGACAGCCAGGCUCCGAAGGCAGAGGACAUCGAGGAAGAGGACGAUGAUGUUCCAGAUCUGGUGGAGAACUUCGACGAAGCGUCAAAGGACGAGGCGAACUGACACACGUGGAGUUCGCCGGCGCGCACGUGCGAACCAAGCAAGCGACCUCCUCCGGUGUUUUUAUUGUCUAGUCAUCCAGACGUAUCAGACGCCGACCCCACCCGAAACCAACCAGAGACUUUUCUAUUCAACAGUGACCCAAGGAUGUCGCAGUCAGACUGGCCUGUGCACUUGAAAACAAAUAAAAAUACUCCCUUCGCGGGUAAACGGUCGAAUCCCUCCACCAGUCAGGAUCACAGCGGUCAUUAAAGCGAGUCUUGAGGCUUUUGAUUAAGGAACGAAAUAAAGGUGAUUAACAUUUUUUA